GGCCGAGGCUGGAGCCGGAGCCGGAGCGGGUGAGGCAGCGGCGGAGUCACCGGGACAGCGCGAUCGGCACCGGGCGCGGAUGGAGCUGGAAAACAUUGUGGCCAACACGGUGCUGCUGAAGGCCAGAGAAGGUGGUGGAGGGAAGAGGAAGGGCCGGAGUAAAAAAUGGCGGGAGAUGCUACGGUUACCGCAUAUCAGUCAGUGUGAGGAGCUGCGGCAGGUCAUUGAAAGGGAUUACAGUAGCCUCUGUGACAAACAGCCGAUUGGCAGGCACCUCUUCCGGCAGUUCUGUGAGACUCGACUAGAAUUGAAGCGAUGCAUUGAAUUCCUUGAUGCAGUGGCAGAUUAUGAAGUGGCUCCAGAUGAGAAGAGGCAGGAUUGUGGACUUCAGCUCUUGGAGACCUAUUUCAACAAUGGGUCUGCGGCCCAUUUACCUGAAGUGCCUGUGGAUACCGUAAAGCAGUGCAAGGAGAAACUGGAGCAGAGUCCUUGCAAGGAACUCUUUACAGAGUGUGCUAAAUUUGUCCAUGAUUAUCUGAGUGGGGGACCCUUCACAGAGUACCAGGAAAGCAUGUACUUCUCACGAUUCCUGCAGUGGAAAUGGUUAGAAAGGCAGCCAGCAACAAAAAAUACUUUUAGGCAUUACCGGGUGCUUGGUAAAGGAGGAUUUGGAGAGGUAUGUGCUUGCCAAGUGCGUGCAACCGGGAAGAUGUACGCAUGUAAAAAGCUGGAAAAGAAGAGGAUAAAGAAACGGAAAGGAGAAUCCAUGGCAUUAAAUGAAAAGCGGAUCUUAGAAAAAGUUAACAGUAGAUUUGUUGUCAGCUUAGCCUACGCCUAUGAAACAAAGGAUGCACUGUGUCUGGUACUAACCCUGAUGAACGGUGGAGACCUUAAGUUCCACAUCUACAACAUGGGCAACCCAGGCUUUGAUGAGAAGAGAGCCAUCUUCUACGCUGCGGAGAUCUGUUGUGGCCUGGAGGAUCUGCACAAAGAGAGAAUUGUGUACAGAGAUUUGAAGCCGGAAAACAUUUUGCUGGAUGAUCACGGUCACAUCAGGAUCUCGGAUCUGGGUUUGGCCAUGCAGAUUCCAGAAGGCGAAAGAAUUCGAGGGAGAGUUGGCACUGUUGGGUACAUGGCUCCAGAGGUCAUCAACAAUGAGCGUUACUCCUUCAGCCCCGACUGGUGGGGCCUCGGCUGCCUGCUUUACGAAAUGAUUCAGGGCCAGUCACCUUUUCGGAAGCGUAAAGAGAAGGUGAAGCGGGAGGAGGUCGACCGGCGAGUGAAGGAGAACAGGGAGGAUUAUUCUGAGAAGUUCUCAGAGGAGACGCGUUCCAUCUGCAGUAUGUUACUGACUAAAGAUCCAAAGGUGCGGUUGGGUUGUCAGGGAGGCGGAGCAGCUGAGGUGAAGCAACAUCCUAUAUUUCGACACAUCAACUUCAAAAGACUUGAGGCAAACAUGUUGGACCCUCCCUUUGUUCCGGAUCCCAGAGCAGUGUACUGUAAAGACGUCUUGGACAUCGAGCAGUUCUCCACAGUCAAAGGGGUGAACCUGGAUCCGACAGACGAUGACUUCUACUCCAAGUUUGUCACUGGCAGUGUCUCUAUUCCUUGGCAAAAUGAGAUGAUUGACACAGAAUGUUUUAAAGAAGUAAAUACCUAUGGGAGUGACGGGACAUUAUCGCCGGACCUGGACAACAACAAGCCCGAGCCACCUCCCAAGCGAGGCGUGUGGUACAGACUUUGCAGGCGAGAGAUGUGUUUCAAAAGCAGCUUCAGUGACGAAGAUGAAGACCCUUCAAAAAUCCUGUAGUUAAUGAGCCAAAUUUAGAUUAUCCUGAAAAAAAACUGAGAUUUCAGGUUAAACUGGGAACAUGUAUUAAAAUGUAUUAUAUUUCGACAAAAAAAACUGCUGUACGAGUUUACAUAUUUUGUACAUUUAUAUUUGAAUUAUGUCUUAGAUGUAUAUUUUAACUAAAGUUGUACAAAAAGCCAUAUAUUAAGUACCACUUGAAUGCGUAUGUUAAUUUUAACAGGAAUGACUUUGUGAAUUAUCUAUUUAAAAGUUUAUUUUUAAUUAUUUUUUUAAAAACAGAAGAAGCACAGCAAUGUAAAUGUGUGCUCUUUGCAACUCGUGACAUUUAGCUGGAUUUUAUUUUAGUAUGGAGUGGGCCUGUACACAGUAGCAGUUGCUCUCUAUGCCAAUGCGUGCUGCGCUGUGGGUGUGUGUGUGUGUGUUUGUAAAUAUGCGUGUGUGUGAGUGCGCGUGAAUGUCUCUAUUAAUGUGUACAUAUGCCCUUGAGAGGAUGUGUACUUGAGUGUGUUUGUGGCCUGGAAAUGCACUGUGUGCGCAGUUAAACUCCACCUCGAGUGCAAAUAGUGGGGAUCUAGUCUGCUUGCUUUUUUUUCAAUCUUGUUGGAAUUGGACCUCUGCUGUGCUUAUGGGCCGAUUGCUAAUCAUUGAAGUGGAUCAUAACCAAGGCCAGUGGUUCAUGGUCUGGUCAGAAAUGGGACACAUUUAACCUCCAGAGCACCAAAUAAUGCAAGGCAAUGCAAUGACAAACUGCAUCUGGUAGAUUCAAUACCUCUCUUUCCAAUCUGAAAGAAUGUGACACCCCUGCUUUUCCCACUGGUAACCCUGUCCCAUGUAAAUAUAAAUGACCAUUAAUAAACUUAGCUUGAUUCUGUAAGUGGGCUGAGUCACAUUAAUGUCAAUUAAGAAUCCUUGACUGCCGUGCAAUUUAAAACUGGCUUAUUUGACUGAUGUGAACCAUUGUUCUUGGCAAUACACUGAAAGCUUCGUAACCUCGUAAAUCAAUGGAAACAUUCCCAUAUUACCUUAACAAAAACGUGAACUUCUGACAAUGUCGGAUUCAUCUGUACCAAACCAUUUUUUAAAAGAACUAUAUUUUCUUUUUGUGUUGGGUAUUUUACCUAUGAUUCAUUUUCUAAAAGCUGUGAAAGAUUUAAUUUAAUGACCUCUCUAUUCAAAAAUAUUGACUUCUGUGGUUUGUCUUGCACUAAGUGCCAUUUUACUUUUUAGAUGUUGCCUGUUCUCAUUAAAGAUUCUCCAGUUGUAUUUAAAACGAGCAUGUUGUAUAUUGUAUCUGUGAUAAGGCUUCUUCGUCUGAAUACUAGAAUCAUGUUGAACAGCUCUGAUUCCAUUACAUCUGAUGACUGGUUUCGUGCUAAUAUAAGUCCUGUUUCUUUUUUUUAAAAAAUUCGGUGUGUAUAUCCAUUCUAAACUAGGAAUCUUGAUAGGUUCUUACCCAAUGUUUUUAUGUUGGAACGUUUUAAAUUAAUAAAUACUGCCAUUUGUAUACAG